ACCAUAUGGUUCAUUAUGUGUUGAAUUUUUGUUUGUUUGUUUCAUUUUAGUUUAUUAAUUUAGCAAGUAAAUUUAUUGGGAUAUUUAAUCUUGUUUUAUUACUUCUACUACUUGGACAUUGGAAUGCUUGUUUACAAUUUCUUAUACCAAUGUUACAUGAUUAUCCAGUAGAAAGUUGGGUAGCCAAAGGUAAACUACAAAAUGCUUAUUGGUUUGAUCAAUACACUUGGGCUUUGUUUAAAGCUAUGUCACAUAUGUUAACUAUUGGUUAUGGAAGAUAUCCACCUACCAGUUUAAGUGAAGCAUGGGUUACAGUGAUUAGUAUGGUUACUGGAGCUACUGGAUAUGCUUUAUUUGUUGGUCAUGCGGCAGCAUUAAUACAAUCAUUUGAUUGUUCAAAACGUCUUUACAGAGAGAAAUUUAAACAAGUGGAUGAAUAUAUGGCAUAUAGAAAACUUCCACGUGGUUUACGUAAACGUAUUGCUAGUUAUUAUGAACAUCGAUAUCAAGGGAAAAUGUUUAAUGAAAAUGAAAUUCUCAAUGAACUUUCAGAAUGUUUAAAAGAGCAAAUUAUCAAUUACAAUUGUCGAGCUUUAGUUGCUGCUGUACCAUUUUUUACAUUUGCUGACCAAAAUUUUGUCUCAGAAGUAGUUGUUAAAUUACGUUAUGAAGUGUUUCAACCAGGUGAUUUGAUUAUUAAAGAAGGUACAAUUGGUACAAAAAUGUAUUUUAUUCAAGAAGGUAUAGUGGAUAUUGUUACAAGAGAUGGUGAAGUAGCCACUAGUCUGUCAGAUGGUUCAUAUUUUGGAGAAAUAUGUCUAUUGACAAAUGCUCGCCGUGUAGCAAGUGUUCGAGCAGAGACAUAUUGCAAUGUUUAUUCAUUAGAUAGAGCAAGUUUUUUGGAAGUAUUAGAUAAUUAUCCAUUAAUGCGUCGAACUAUGGAAUCUGUUGCAGCUGAACGUUUAAAUAAAAUUGGACGUGAUCCUUUAGUUGUUAGCAAUCGUAAAGAUUUGUAUGAUGAUUUAAAACUAGUAAAUGAAAUAGUGAAUCAGGCUAUUCGUGAAACAGAUGAUGUACAAAUCGAAGGAGAAACAGAAGAUAGCAUUGAUGAAGAUGGUAUUGAUAAUUGUAGAACUGGUGAUAAUAUGAAUACUACUACUACUAAUGAUCAUAUUAGUAGUCAAUGUCGUAAUAAUCAUAAACAUAAUCCUAAUGAACGAAAUUAUCAAUUAUGUAAAAAAAUUAAUAAAUUCUCACAUCCAGUGAAUUAUUUUAAACGACGUAAAUCAUCACAUUGGAAUACAUUAUUAUUACGUAAAAAUUCUGAACCUGAAUGGUGGAAUCAUUCAACGAAUAAUCGAUCUAGUACAUCAACUUUAUUCAAUACAAAUCUACGUAAAUGGUAUCAUAUGAAACAAGGUAAAUUAAAUCAUUCAAAAAUCAUUAAGAAAACUAAAAGUGUAGAUCAUUUAAAUUUAUUAAAAGUAACAUCAUCGAAUUUAGUAAAUAAUUGGCAAAUCACAAAAUCAACACCGGUGAAUGUAACAGUUUCUGUUAUUCAUGAUCAUGAUCAUGUAUCAUUGAAAGAGUCAACUAUAUCAAGUGUACCAAUUAAAAUCAAUGAACAAAUUAAUGAAAAUGAUCUUUCAAUCAAUAAUCAAUAGAAAUAAUCUAUAUAUCAAUAUACUUUAAACAGUUAUUAUUAUUAUUAUUAUUAUUAUUAUUACGUAAUGUAAUCCAAUGAAAUGGUCUAUCUACAAUAAAGAGAUGCAUUUACUUAACUAUAUUAAACAUUCAUACAAAUAUCAUUUGUGAAUACUAAAUGUAGAAUUAGUAAAUUAUUAUUAUUUAAAUAAACAAUCUAUUUCUUUACAUACAUUGAUAUCUCUUAUGAAGAUGUUUUAAGUUCAAUGAUUGAGAUCAUCAAUCUAUUGAAGUUAGAUCAUCAUGAAAAACUUGGAAACACUGGAAAGCUGUUUUGUUGUAUUAUGGGACUCUUUAGCAGUGUACAUUCAUGAUUCUACAAUAGGACGAAACGGACUAUGUAGUGCUUUCAUGUUUUUUUCAUGAUAGUCUAUCUUCAAUGGACUCAUGAUCUCAAUCAUUGAAAUUACUGGAAUAUCCACAAACACUCUUCGAAUAUUUUAAUGUAUUUGUUCAGUGGUUGUGAAAGAGUCUAAUUUGUUUAUCAUUAUAUAUAUAUACAUAUACCUGUUGAUUAAACAAUCUAUUCAAUUAGAUUAUAUUCUUAUUGUUAUCAUUGUCAAUAGUUUAUUAUUCUUUUUGUCACAGUUUGUUUACUUUCUUUUUUUCAACUUAGAACUGUGUGUUAGUACCAUUGGUUAAUUAAUGUCACUUUGAAAGGGGGUACUUUUCCCCCAUCAGUACUAGUCACACAACUAUCACAAUCAUUAAAUAUCUUUUAUUUAUCAUGUAAUUUCUCAUUGAAUAAUCAAUUGAUUAAGACAAUUUCAACGAGAUGAACAUCGAAUCCAUACAACAUUAAUAUUAUAUUCAGAUUGGAUUAAAGUGUUCAGUAUUAUUUAUUGUUCAGUAUAAAUGUAAUAAACGUGAAUACAGUUGAAGACAAUUGAUUGUAUUUUUGGUAAAAUAUAAGAACUAUACACUAAAAUACUUCAUUUUCAAAUUUUCAUUAUUUGUUCUUCACAU